AUGACGGCAAACCUAAAUUCAACCACGGAAUCCCAUUUCCACUUCUCAACGGUAACCGGCAUAUUCCUCCAAGACGAAGAGUCCACGAACCCCGAUAACUUCAACUAUGCAUCUUCUAACUUCGGUCUCAUCAAUCGCCGCUACCCCUCCGACUCUGACUCUAGCUCUUCAGAUGCAGAGCCAGAGACACAAUGGCCCCGCCUCGCAACCUACAUAACAUAUUUAAACGCUACCGCAUCACAAGGAACCGUCUACAAACUCCUUUUCUUGGGUCGGCACGGACAGGGCGUGCAUAACGUUGCGGAGAGCCGCUACGGAACCCCGCUGUGGGAUUGCCGUUACUCCCUUCUGAAGGGCGACGAGCACGGAGACUGGUUCGACGCGCAUCUUACAGAAUUGGGUAUAUCGCAGGCGCGAGUCGCGCACGAAGCAUGGAAGGCUCAGAUAAAAAAUGGGAUUCCAGCGCCACAGUCGUACUACGUUAGUCCGUUGAUGAGGUGCUGCGAGACGGCAAAGGUCACAUUUGAAGGUGUGGGACUACCGGGUACGGAGACUGGCAACUUUAGGCCGGUUGUCAAAGAGCUGCUCCGCGAAACACUCGGCCUCCACACCUGCGAUGCGCGGUCGCCGAAAUCAGCCAUUGCGGCGGCAUAUCCCACGUACAUAUUCGAGCCGGGCUUUAGCGAAGAAGACCUGCUGCAUAAGGCUGAUGUGCGAGAAUCGGACUCAGCGCGUGAUGCGCGGUUUUAUGAAUUUCUGUCUGAAAUCUUCGCGCAUGAUGGCAACAGCGUGUUAUCGCUGACCGCGCAUUCGGGCGCGAUUAUGAGUAUACUUAGUGUUGUCGGGCAUAGGCCGUUCACGCUGGAAACGGGUGGUGUUAUUCCGGUACUGGUCAAGGCAGAAAGCAGAGCGGGCCCAGCGCCAGAAAGGGUUAUUGAGCCUUGGUUUGGGAGGCCGUUGUGUCCUGGGGAGGAGUGUGCGAGGGUAUAG